AUGACAGUUGAAAGACAGAAAUGCAAACUAAAAACAUUGUAUUGUCGCACUGCUCGAAUAUUACUUUUUAUUAUUGGAGUCAUAUUAACCCUUUUUGGUAUAUCGAUGGCAUUCCUGGCACCACAUCUCAUCAAUGCCAAAAUUUAUCAGCAAAAGAAUAUUGCGCGAAACAAUGAAUUAUAUCAUUUAUGGGAAAAUCCCGACUAUAAAUUCAGUUCCGAGAUUUUUGUUUACUCAGUGAAAAAUCCACAACAGGUUUUAGAUGGAAAUAAGCCAGAAAUGAUUAAAAUAGGCCCAUAUGCAUACGAAAUGAGUUUGAAAAAAAAAAUUCUUGGAUUUGGUAAUGGUUCUGUUAAAUACCAAAAUGUCCAUAAUUUCACUUUUGACAAGAAUGCUUCCUGUGCAGAAUGUUCACCAACUCGGGAAAUUUGGAUUCCAAAUAUUGUUUUUCAGAAAUUUGUCGAAAUUGCUUCAAAUCCGGUUACAACCAUGGCACAACUUGCUCUUCCUUCACAACAACCAUUUUUGAAAGUUUCCGUAGAUGAUAUUUUAUUUAAAGGGUACGAAGAUCCAUAUCUUACAAAUGUAUGUGCAAUACCACUUGUGGAUAUAAUUUGCAAAUCGGUAUUGAAAGUACCGAAGAGAAUUGGUUUUCUGAUGCAGAGGAAUGGAGCUCAGAAAAUUGUUGAAGUUACCACUGGUAGCAAUGAUGGUAGUGGAACUGCUGGAGAAAUAUUAAGUUGGGAUGGCUUAAAAUCAUUACCUGCGGAUUGGUGGAAUAAUAAAGAAGCUAGGAUAAUUAAUGGCACAGAUGGUGAAUUUUACAAGCCACUUAUCAAAAAAACUGAUAUAAUUUAUGUGUUUGCUCCGGAUCUUUGCAGAUCAAUACACCUAACAUUUGAGAAGGAAAUCGAAUACAAAAAUAUACUAGCAUAUCGUUUCACGGUAAAGGAAGAUUUGCUGGAUCCGACGAUACCUGGUAAUGAAGGAUUUUGUCAUAAUAACGGGAAGACAUUCUUUUCAGAAGACGAGAAGUGUUCUCCAAAAGGACUUCUGGAUCUCAGCCAUUGCUACAAUGGUACACCGCCCAUUCUUUUCUCUUUUCCUAAUUUUCUAUAUGCUGAUAAAAGAGUAAAAGAAUCAGUUAUUGGUCUUAGUGAAAGCUCAAUAGAACAUGAUGGUAUCGCUAUUGAAGUUGAACCGCAGACUGGAACUCUUCUUCGAACUUAUAUUCGAUCACAGAUUAACAUUGGCAUGUGGAAAGGUCGAGGAAUCAUUUACCAGUUCGCUGCUGCGGAUUUGUCAAGGAUGCGAAAUGCGAUAGUACCACUAUUUGCCGAAUAUCAAGUAGUAGAAAUUGGCAACGAUUCAUUAGCGCUUCUGCGCAGAAUGCUUCUACUUGUGAAAGAAGCAUUUGCAUUUCUCUGUUUCAUUCCUAUUUCUACUGGUAUUCUGCUUAUUUCCAUUGCUAUCUCCAUCGAAUUACUCUUAAAAACCAGAGUAAUCAAGAAACUAAUGAGAGACAACUCAAACAAAGUGACAGUACAAGUGCAGUCGUUACCUGGCAAUUAG